CCUUCGGACUCGACCCCACGUCGACCAGCUCUCAGACCAUUCCUAAGGAGAAGUUCCAAGAAAUGAAGAACGAUCACUUGGAUGUCGAGCCUUUCAUUGACUGCAAAGAUUGCUGUCGAAAACUACAUCAAAUCUGUGUCCUCCAUCACGACGCCAUUUGGCCCGAAGGAUUCACGUGUGAGGGGUGUCUGCGAAGAGAUGGGCGAAGAAAACGAGACAAUAAAUAUAAUGCCAAAAAACUGGCCAAUUCAAAACUGGGACUAUAUAUUGAGAACAGAGUCAACAACUUCUUACGCAAAAAAGACUGCGGCGCCGGAGAGGUGUCUAUCAGAGUAGUGGCCGCUUCUGACAAAUAUGUUGAUGUCAAACCCGGAAUGAAGGCCAGAUAUGUAGACACAGGCGAAUGGCCCGAAACAUUCCCUUAUCGGGCAAAGGCUUUGUUUGCUUUCGAAGAUAUUGACGGCACUGAUGUCUGCUUUUUUGGAAUGCAUGUCCAGGAAUAUGGAUCCGAUAGUAGUCCUCCAAAUACAAGGCGAGUUUAUUUGGCGUAUUUGGAUUCGGUUUACUUCUUCAGACCAAAACAGUACAGAACUGCUGUCUAUCACGAGAUACUUCUCGGGUAUUUGGAUUAUGCAAAGCAAUUGGGAUAUUGUAUGGCUCACAUCUGGGCCUGUCCUCCAUCUGAAGGAGACGAUUAUAUAUUCCAUUGCCAUCCGACUGAACAAAAGAUACCGAAACCCAAGAGAUUGCAGGAAUGGUAUAAGAAAAUGCUCGACAAAGGAAUCAUUGAGCGAAUUGUGUUGGACUACAAGGAUAUCCUCAAACAGGCCACUGAAGACAAUUUUCGCAUCGCGUCAGAACUGCCAUAUUUUGAAGGAUUCAAUAAGAUACCGAAACCCAAGAGAUUGCAGGAAUGGUAUAAGAAAAUGCUCGACAAAGGAAUCAUUGAGCGAAUUGUGUUGGACUACAAGGAUAUCCUCAAACAGGCCACUGAAGACAAUUUUCGCAUCGCAUCAGAACUGCCAUAUUUUGAAGGUGACUUUUGGCCCAAUGUUUUGGAGGAUUCAAUCAAAGAGAUAGAAAUGGAACAACAGAAACAACAGCAACAAUCCGAUUCUUCAAAGAAUAUGGAUUUACUUAAUAAUUCCGGGAAUCCAACGGAUGAAGAAUCGAUGGAUAUGCUGGACUGUAGUGAUAGUCAGAACAGCAAGAAUAUGGAGACUAAUGGCUCGAAAAGCAGUUCAAAUAAAGAGACAAAUAGUGGUAAUAAUUCUAAUAUAAAGCAGAACAAGAAGUCGAGCGGAAACAAGAAGUCCAACAAAAAGCAGAAUCAAAGGAAGAAUAACGUCCACAACGCGCGACAUAAAAGCGGUGGAACGCCGUCUACUACUCAACAGCCGAGUUCACAACAGCCGCAGUUGUCUGCAGCACAACAGUGGGAUUCAGACCUGACGGCAAAGAUCUACGCAACGAUGGAUAAGCAUAAGGAAGUGUUUUUCGUAGUGCGCCUCCACUCGAGCCAAUCGGCCGCCAGUCUGCCUCCGGUCCAAGAUCUCGAUCCUCUCACUAAUUGUGAUCUAAUGGACGGGAGGGACGCCUUCCUGACACUGGCCCGAGAGAAACACUACGAGUUCUCAAGUCUUCGACGCGCGAAGUUCUCCAGUCUUGCAAUGCUUUACGAACUGCACAACAGUUGCAAUGAUAGGUUCGUCUAUACGUGCAAUACAUGCAAAAGACAUUUAGUCGAAACCAGAUAUCAUUGCACGCAAUGCGAUGACUUUGAUCUCUGUGUGGCCUGUUAUCAACGUGACGGACACACCCACCCGAUGGACAAACUUGGCUUUGGAGACCUCGUCGGUGGCGUUGCCGGUGAGGACGGAGCAGUGGCCGGCUCUUCUGGAGGAGUGGCGGCUGGAAGUGAUUUGGACGGAAGCGGUGAGAAUGCGGGCGGAGGCUCUUCGAACACAUCCCCGGGCGAGUCGCGGCGCCUAUCGAUUCAGCGAUGCAUUCAGAGUCUAGUGCACGCGUGUCAGUGUCGGGACGCCAACUGUCGACUCCCAUCGUGUCAUAAGAUGAAGCGAGUCGUACAACACGCCAAGUCCUGCAAACGCAAGUCCAACCAACCCAACCAAACGGCUGCCCCCGGCUGUCCCAUCUGUAAACAGCUGAUCGCCCUGUGCUGCUAUCACGCCAAGCACUGUCAGGAAAACAAAUGUCCCGUUCCUUACUGUAUAAACAUUAAGCACAAACUCAGACAACAGCAACUCCAGCAGCGCCUACAACAGGCACAGAUUCUUAAGAGACGUAUUGCCUCCAUGGCCAGUAUGUCUCAACAGUCAUCACAACCACCACCCACUCCACAGCACGACUUCAGUCCACAACAGCCACAGUCCACUCCACAACAGCACUACAUGAAGCCGGCGACCGCCACACCCCCGCCAGUCGCUGCUCUCCAAGCAGUGGCUCGCGUUCAAGAAGUUGUUGCGCGACAACAACAACAACCGCAGCAACAAAACCACAACAGCAGCAGCNAACCAAACCAAACGCAACCACAGUUGCAAACACAGCCUCAGCCGCAGACUGUGAGACCUCCCGCUCCCAACCAACAGAUGCUUCAACAACACCAACAGAGAAUGCUUUUGGCUCAACAGCAACAGCAACAGCAACAGCAACAGCAACAACAGCAGCAGCAACAACAACAACAACAACAACAGGUCCAACAACAGCAACAACAGGUCCAACAACAGGUACAGCAGCCCUGGUAUGACUCGACGGCACAACAGCCGAAUCGAGCGCCUCAACAGUUGCAACAACAGCAGAGAUUCCUUCGUAUGCCCGGCGGUGGUAAACCUCAGCAGCAGAUGAUGUCGACGACUGCCANCAACAACAGAUUCCUUCGUAUGCCCGGCGGUGGUAAACCUCAGCAGCAGAUGAUGUCGACGACUGCCAACUCCUCACAACAAAUGCUAUCACAACAACAGUCGCAACAAAUGCUUCCGCAAACCAAUAAUAAUCCACAAACAGUGCAACUGAUGCACACGUCUGCCAACCCAUCACAACAACUGCCAAUUCAACAACAAAUACAACAACAGAAUCUCUUGCCUUCCGUUCUGAACACCAAUGUUGGGCCACAACCACAGCAACAACAACAGCAACAGAUGAAUGUAAAUCUUGGACAACAGAUCCAGAACUCAAUCCCUGGGACGGCCACUAUGAACCAAAUUCCAAGCAAUCCUACUCAACAACAACACGCUCUCCAACAGCUGUUGGCGACUCUUAAGUCACCCGCUUCUCCACAACAACAGCAACAAGUGCUUAGUAUUCUGAAGUCCAAUCCCGCUCUGAUGGCAGCCUUUAUUAAA